CUAUUAAUCACUGAACACGGAUGAUUAGGAGUAAACGCCGCAAAUAUGGCGCACGGUUCCGAACGACAUCUGCCAGCUGCGGAGCAGCGGGGCAGGAUGAUCGCCCUGCUCCGGGAGAACGGGGUGUCCUACCUGGGCGAUCAGUGAAACGAAUGGGAGGAAGCCUUUCUACAGUAUGGCCGGUGAGCAUGACAGCGCCGAGCACGGCUGCCCGGUGAGGGACUGCAGCAUACUGUACUCCGGAGGCGGGGUUUGACCUCAUCGGCAGCUCCCGAAACAUCACUCAUCCAGCGCGGACUCCGGAGCGCGGCGCAGCGCCCGUCCGCACAGCCCGUAAUAAAGCGUGAUGCUAAGGACACGAGUCCCGAAAACCUGCCGAUCAAGUGUCACAUCAUGCGGAUCAUUACUCAGAUUUUUCCGAUCUGAAUUGGGUACAAACGCGCCGGGACUUUCCACCCGUGUUACCGAGAGAAGUGCAGCCGAAGCUGGCGGAAAAUACCGCACAGCUCCGUUGGCUCGGCGGUGAGGGGUGAGUGCUCCUCGCUUUUAGACCAUAAACUUUUUCACGAGCGUUUAGUUCGACUACAUCUAGUAAAACCAAUACUAGUAUCAUACAUGGAAUACUAGCACUAUAUAGCUGAUUAGCUGGAGACAGAUCAUGAAGUAUAUGUUAACAGGUGUAAUGUACCUAAUCAAUUGGAAUGAGAGUGUAGGUCCGUCAUAUGGACUCUUUUUAAUCGUUUUCUAGCUGCUUACUGUGAUAUUUAUUUACAUAUUAUAUUAUCAAUCUUAUAAUAUUUAAUGGUAGUAUACAGCAGUUGGUCAUAAGCGUGCUAUGUCAUAUUAUAUACAGCAAAAUGCUCUAGAGCGAGUGCUGAUGUCCAGCGUACUGCUCAUUUUGAGUGAUUAAGAUACUUUUCAUGUUUUUUAUUGUUUUUAUCGUAUGUCUGAUCGUUUAAUUUGAGGUUUUGACAAUUUUAAAUCAAAGUAAAUGAGUACGUUGUUUUGCGAAGUGAAAGAAAAUAAUAUUAAAUGACAAUUCUGUAGUAUUUUGUUAUUCUGUUUACAAUAGCUACGUAUUUAUUAGAAUGCACCAUAAAAUAACUGAAAAUAUACAAAGCUCUCAUAUAAUAGACUAUAUCUUGAUGCAGUGUGUGCUCGGGAUAUUCACAUCUGCGUAGUAAGAUUAAAUAGUGAAAUACCGAGAUAAUUAAUGUGUUUGGAUUAUUAUUAUUAUUUUUAAACCUUCAAGUUGCUCUGAAACGCACCACUUCUUGCUAUUUUUAAAUAUCCUAUUAAAUGAAAAAUUUCACAUGCUUCGUUUUCGCGGUUAGACCUUACCUUUCUUGGUAAUUGUCAGAAUAUCAAACGGACGUAGUGCAAAGAAAAGUGUAAAGUAUUAGUUAACGUGUGGAGCCAGAUGUGUGUCUUUUUACGCUGAUCACUGGCGUUUGUUGGCGGAAAUAGUGACUGAUUCUCCAUCUGAUGGUGAACGUGUCUUUGUUUUUACCAUAAACACGUUUGAACCUCUCAUUUUUAAUAUUUAGACUACCAAGAAUGCUGCAUGCUGGGAAAAACAGCCUGAACUGGACAUUUGUGUAAUCCGUCUGUUACAUUAUUAUUAUUAUUAUUAUUAUUAUUAUUAUUAUUAUUAUUAUUGUUGUUGUUGUUGUUGUUGUUGUCAGACAUUACUGGGCCUCUCAUAUGCAGCGAUUUAGCAGCAAUAGGAGUAAUAUAAUCAAUUCAUUGCUUCCUUCAAAAGAGAUUUUUGCUGGGUCUUGUGACAUAGAAAGAGCUUUUUCCAUGUGAUUCUAACGACAACACAAGGACACCGGCUAAUGAAUGCCACGAGCUGGCACAUGUUCGGAUGCGAAGCUAAGCGUGUCGGUGUCACGCUCUGUGCUCGGAACUAGCGCUGACACUCGCUGCGUAACACAGAACUUCAGGAGGGUCUUACGCACCAACCAGACAGAGAUGAAAGGCAUGACAGAUUAGCAGUUUAGCGUCUUACUAACCCGCUGCUGCCCCAAUUUUUUUUUCUGAAAACGCUGUCGCUCUUAGAGCUUUAUUUCUUGUUGAUAGUGCGCCUCAUACUCAUCCUGUUUCUGUGUCUCGCUUUCCUCAUGUGCUGCCUGAGAUUGGCUCCGGGCCUUCGUGUGACCCUGAGCAGGAUAAGUGGUCUAACUCGCUUUGGCUCUGAAGUGAUUCAUGGAUCUCUGACUCAGACAUCAGAGAGAAAUUGCAGUGCAGCCUUGACUGAUUGUGUUGGCCGAGUCCGGAGGAGCGGCUGAAAGCAACUCGGCGAUAUUUCGAUCUGGCACUCUUCCCGGGCCUCGCUAAUUUUCAACUCAGCAGUUUUGGGCAAAGGGUGACACAACGUUUUAGCCGGGAACCUCGUCCAAAACUUUCCCCCUGAAGUGAGUGAGAUUACGGCAUGCCCGGCGAUGUCCUUUAUCGGCUGGCGGGAGACGGAUGAUUGAAAUGUGACCUCAUCAAAACACACAGCAGAUCCAAGGCUAUCGAAAUAAAAUGCUCAAGGCUGCCAGCCCGAAGCCUGGACAUGAUCCUCGCUGACGCCCCCUGGUUCAAAGGGAUGCAGUGCAAUGUCUGUACAAGCCCACAGCCCCUUUCCUACGUGGCUGGACACAGGAAGACGUGGGAGGGGGACCGUCAUUUGGGAUGGAGCCUCUGGGUGACACACAGCCGUGCCCUUGAGGCCCGGAGCUGCCACCCAGACCUUCUGUAGCUAUUCCUGGCUGCUAAAGUUCACCGCCAUCAGCAGACCUCGUGGCCCCUCCAGUCAGCGAGGGGUGGAUACUGGUAAUCUGUCACAAAUCUUCCUUGGAUCCUCUUCGCUAAUGUCCCCCACAACGCCCGGCCCAGCCAUACCAACAGACUGGCCUGUUUGCUCCGGCCAUUGACUUUGCCCUCACCAGGGGUACCCUCUCAUGGCAUGGGUCAAGCUCUUCAAGAAGCCAGUGAGCGACAUUGGCAAGUCCUACCAGCCAGGAAGUAUGGUGUCGUUGGCUCUCACCAAGGGUCUGCUCAAUGAGCCUGGGCAGAACAGCUGCUUUCUCAACAGUGCUGUGCAGGUGUUAUGGCAGCUGGACAUCUUUAGGCGGAGUUUGAGACAACUCCCAGGACACUUCUGUCUUGGGGAUGCCUGCAUAUUUUGUGCGUUGAAGAGCAUCUUCACGCAGUUCCAGCACAGUCGGGAGAGGGCGCUCCCCUCGGACAACCUACGCCAUGCCCUGGCUGAGACCUUCAAGGACGAGCGACGCUUCCAGCUGGGCCUAAUGGACGACGCGGCCGAGUGCUUUGAGAACAUUCUGGAGAGAAUUCACUUGCACAUCGUUUCUGACAUUGGCAUGGAAACCUGUACGUCAAAGUCCUGCAUCACGCAUCAGAAGUUUGCGAUGACGCUCUAUGAACAGUCCGUGUGCCGCAGCUGCGGAGCAUCCUCAGACCCGCUGCCGUUCACGGAGCUGGUGCACUACGUCUCUACCACAGCCCUCUGCCAGCAGGUGGAGCGUGUGCUGGAGAAGAGUGAGAGACUCCGGCCCGACACAUUUGGGGAGCUGCUCCAGGCGGCCAGCACCACUGGGGACCUCAGGAACUGCCCGAGCAACUGCGGACAGAGUAUCAGAAUCCGCCGUGUGCUGAUGAACUGCCCGGACAUCGUCACCAUCGGCUUUGUGUGGGACGCGGAGCAGUCCGACCUCACAGAGGACGUCAUCCGAUCACUGGGGCCACACCUAAGCCUCUGUGAGCUUUUCUGGCGCGUGGCGGACGAGAACGGCAGGCGGACCGAGCUUCUCCUUGUGGGAAUGAUCUGCUACUCCAGUAGACACUACUGCGCCUUUGCCCACCACACCAAAACAUCCCGAUGGGUCUUCUUCGAUGACGCUACUGUGAAGGAGGUCGGCUCGAAGUGGAAAGACGUGGUCUCUAAAUGUAUCCGAGGUCACUUCCAGCCACUCCUUCUGUUCUACGCCAACCCUGAAGGCGGAGCCGUUUCCACGGAGGACGCCCCCCGACAGACCACCCUCUGGUCCCACCGCAAACUCCCCGUCAAUGGAGAAGCUAUGGCGAAAGCUCCCUCCACCAGUCCCAAAAGAAAACUAAGGGAGGGUCCCAAGGAGUGUACUCAGAGGCCUGGGGAGGUGCGGACGCCGCACCCUCAGAGGAAGGAGCAUUCAAGGGGGCAGAGAAGACUAGACUCCCUGGCCCAGCGAGAUGCCUUCUCCGAGAAGAUACACCCCCGCUGCACCUCCCCCCCAGAGAAGGCGGGGCACCAGCAAGCCGGGCCCAGGUCACAUGGAAUUCAGGCCAAAGGGCCCCCUCGGCUUGAGAGAACGCAGCACCAGGGCCAGCCCAGCGAAUCCCACAUCCAUGGAGCGCCUCCUGGUGGCCACGGCCGGAAGUGCGAGGGUGAGAAAGGCCACACCCACAGCCGACCCUGGAGGCCGGUGCGGGAGGUGCUGAAUGUGGACAGCGUGCUGAGUGAACUGGAGCGGCGCGAGCAGCAGCAGCACCAGCCACAGCGCCGGCUUCCCGGCCCGGCUCUGGUACACUGCGAGCGGGAGCGGCCCCGCGCCAAGGACGACCGUCGCCCCAACUGCCUCAUGACCAUCUACGAGGAUGAGCAGAGGCAGGAAACCGCGAGCCACAGCUCUCUGGAGUCGGAGAGCAGGGCCGGUCCGGACAAAGACGGCCCGGAGGGGAGGGCCAACCCCAAACUGCGGGGCAGCUCCUGGGCAAUCCAGCGCACCGAGUCCGGGUACGAGAGCAGCGACAGGCUGAGCAGUGGCUCCACAAACCCCGACUCUCCAGGCGUGGAGAACCUCACACCAAAUGAGCUGACUGGGGUCGCUGAGGACCAGCCGGCAAGGGGCGGGGGUUGUCACAGCAGAGCAGAGCAAGCGAAGGCGUACAUCCUGCCAUCUCCCACACUUCCCGGGGGACAUCAGAUGAAAACUAAAAGAGCAGAUUACCACCUUCAAGAUGCCCACGUCAGCCGGUUUAGUCCAAGUUUAAGGAGAAAGCCCAGUGUCUCUUCCAGGAGCCCGGAGAGGGCCAGCGGCUCCAGUGGGGAGUCUGCAUCCCUGGAUGUGACACCGCGUGAAGUGACAGGCAGGAGCCCCCGUACACAGCAGCUGUCUAAAACCAGCAGCUCGGAGUGGAACAGCUCGGACGAACUGACGGGCCCGGCGUCCGAGCAGGAGGACAGCGCCUACCGCUCCAGCAACAGCGAGGCGGCACCUCCAGAGUCACCGCGCCCGAGCCCAGUGCCCUGUCGCACCUUCCGCAUCUGGCCUGGCGAGCAGAGCCAGCCUCUCUGCUGGCUGGCAUCCUCACCUCCGCUUCCCGGGCGGCAUGGCCGCCAGCAAGCCCCGUUUCCUGAGGACUGCCGGACAGGGUAUCGACCCAGGCUGCUGCAGGAGCCGUCUCAAACCAGCCCCCGACCCCCGGCCAAAACCCCCCAGGUCCACUCGCACGUGGCACCGGAGCCUGUCUCACGGCAACAGAAGUCCGUCUCCACGGCAACCUCCCCUGACCAGGAGAGGAUGGAAAUACCCACGCUUUACCGUGACCCUAAAAUCUCGCUCACCACCUAUUUUUCCGUGGACAACUGCAUGACGGACACGUACCGGCUAAGGUACCACCGGAGGCCUCACUGGAAGCCCGCUGCUGAUCCCGGGGGCCGCGACCGCAGUGACUCUGGUGACACCAGCCCUCCUGUCCCAGCAGAGACUGUUCUGUCCUCAGACCUACCUAAAACUAAGCCUGAAACAGGCCUUUCUAUCAGCAAACCCACCAUAAAAUGGAACGCAGUGACCCCUAGAGGGCUGGAUGAGCAUGGCUUCUUGUGAUGAGAAACACACUGACUGAGAUAAAGCCUUUCGCAUUCAUGUUUCUCGGAGGUGUGGUGCGGAGACCACGUGCCGAAGUGGAGGCCAAAGGGGAUGAAAUGAAAGCUUUCUACGGUUUCGUGUAAUAGCGGACGACCUCUGCGAAGCUGCAGGUCGCGCGUGGAGCAGAAUGUACAGGCCCUGCGGCAAGGUAUUACGUCAGGGGGAGGAGGGGGAGGAGGAGAGGCAAGGCACUUUGUUAUGCAUCUUUGGGUUUGUUACAUUUUCAACCAAAAAUGGAAAAAGCCAAGCUCAAGACGAUUUUUUUUUCUAAGCCUAGUAAACAAAACACUCUGGAUCAGGGCUAGCUGUGACGCGCGCUUUGUUUUUAAGGUUUACCUGCACUUUAAACUGUCGUUUAAGUAGCUAACAGCAGACAUUUGCUGUGUCAGUCACAGGAAGCGGUGAGAUUCUUCUCGAAGAGCCAUAAUGAGAUGAAUUAUUUGCAGGAUCUAGCUACACAUUACUAGCGAGUUAACGAACUGUAUUGUCAAGUACUCCGGCUGGCGGGUUGUGGGGGGGUUAAGCUAAACAGCCGAAAAUAAGCACAUUUUACUACCGCCUUUGGGCUUUUCGUCUAGAGAACUGCAAUGCAAGCAAACAGCAGUAACAGCGGCAAAGUUUGACGAAAAGUACGCAGUCUCUAAAAUCUAUAUUCUUAUUGCGUAAUUCGCACCCCGCAGGGAGUGGACAAUGGAAUGGUCAGCAUGAUCCCACUUAUGAUCCCUUUCUGUAUGCUCUCUGUUUUGGUUUCUCCUUGUUUCCCAGAGUUUUCUUGAAGUAUAGUAGAGCUUUACGUUAUUUUUUAUUUUCACGGCCUAAUGAAAUAUACUGUAGUGUAAAGCUCUUCUCUGUAAAUGUAGGUCUUGCUUUUUUUGCAUAAACACAGAUUUUACUCAGUAUUCAGAAGGAUUUGCACAGGAAUCGAAGAUGCCAUAAUCUGUGUCCUAAAUAAGAAAGACAAUUUGAAGUAUUUUCCAGGCUGGGCUUUAAUGAAACGCUGCACCUGUUACUUUCUAUCAUUGGCGCUUUUGUGUUGCAUUAUAAAAAGCGCUCAGGCAUGAAUUCUCUUUAUCUCUUUUUUCUUAAAUAUGUACCUUGUACAUUAAAUAUCCUGUGCCUUUACUUUUUCCAUGUACAAUAAAUUAAAAUCUAAUUUGUACCAUAACUUGUAAAAUCAUGUACAUAUACUCGGAAAUGCUUUUAUAUUGUUUAUUUAUAUUGUUUGAUAAACUGGAUUUUAUUCAACAUGUAA